CUCUUCUGUCCCCUUUUCUCUACGUCUCUCCUUCUUUCUCCCUUCCCCCCUUGCUUCCCUCUUUCAUAUUUAUCUUUCCAUCCCCCCCAUCCCCCCGUUAGGCGUACCCGAGGAGCCUUGCAUCGAAUAUUCAUGUCUACACAGCGAGCUCAUCGCAUCGACGUCGCCGCCGAGCUGCACGUCUCGAUUGAUCUGCGUCCGCCAUAACGCCCCUAUCGUACUGAGAACACACGCAAUCAUACACAUACAGACAUACAAACCCCUCGCACCGAAGCCGAGGUCCAAUUCAGAGCCGAUGGAAGCCGCAUCCCGCCUCGCCCUGUUAGCCGUCGUCGCACGCGCGGGCAGCCCGCUGCCUAAGGACGAGAAGGCGCCAUGGAGCCCGUCGUCGGCGGCGUACCUACCCCUGAUCACAGUCGAGGACUGCGAUGUCGAAGCCGGCGGUGGCGGCCACUGGGAAGGAAAGAGGUUGCUGUAUCAGAACAGCACGAGGUCCUCCUCGAGGAGGGGAAGUGGUGGUCGUGGUCGAGACGAUGACGCGGCGGGGCAUUGCAGCGGGGUGGAGGAGGGCGGGCUGAGGACGGGCGGGUUGGAGAGCGUCGCGUGGUGGGUUCUGCUGAGCCUGGAGUGUCUUCUCAUCGGUGCCGUCGAGGGGUGGAUCAUCUACAUGGUGUACGACGGCGGCGACUACGUCGUCUGGAAUUGGCUCUGCGACUACGCGUCCCCGGCGCUCGUGAUCCUCUUCAGCGUCGCCCUCUCCGCCGCCCUGCUCCGCGGCGUCGGCUGUUCGGGGCGGCUGGGGGAUCUGGCGUUCCAGGCCGCCGGCUUGGUGUUGGCGACCUUCUGCACCGUCGUCGUGUGUGUGGGCGUCGGCGAGGGCAGGAGGCGGAGGCGGAGGAGGGGGAAGCCAAACGGUGAGAGAGGUGAUGAGGAAAAGGGGUUGAGGGUCGUGGUGGGACUCGCAGUGAAGAUGUGGUUCCUGUUCUUCAUCGGCUUCUGGUGCGCCGUCUUCCAGUGGUACAGCGCCGACAAGCAGGAAAGGCGGCGGCGGACGGCGGUGGCGCGGAGGAAAGGGAAGCGUGUCGGAUACGGCACGAUGUUGGGCGCGUUGGCAACGGUGGACGAGGCCUGCGAGGGCGUUGUGGGUGAUCUCUGAUGGGGCUCCCCCGACGGCUGAGGUUGAUGAUGGUUCUACGUUAUGAAAUGAUUCCGAUACCCCCGAAUUUCUUUUGUUUUUACUGGUGCCGUCUUUCGGCUUGACCAUAGUAUGUCUUAGCCAUCCCGUAGCCCUUUCACACAUUUGAAGCACGCCGGAUGCAGCACGUAUAGAACACUACCUACC